AUGGCCGAUAGCAGGUCACACCUCGUCGGCUGCUCCGAGGCCACGUCCGCCGACAACGGCGCCACCUCCGAAACAAGCAGCAGAGACAGCAGCAAGGGACACGGCUCCCGCUCCGCAAGCGUGCGCCUUUUGCAGCCACGAACACCACUCACCCGGCCAGCACAGCAGCGACUCUCUUCGGCCUCACCGACGGCGUCCUCGUCGUGCGGGGCGGUCCGAUAUGCUUCCACCUCGACGCAGUCGCCCGACCGGGCUCCUUCAACACCUCCUCUCGUCAGUCACGAGGGCGUGGCGGAGCGCUUCCACCGACUCGGCAUCAAUGAGCGCAUCUGCAAGCAGAUUGUCGCCACCCACCCGCACAUCCGCGCCCCCACCGUCGCCCAGUCGGCCCUGAUCCCCGCCAUCCUCUCCCACGCCGACCUCAUCUUCCGAGCCCACACGGGCACCGGCAAGUCAUUCGGCAUCCUCCUCGCCCUGCUCGCAAAACCCCGCAUCGUCUUCCGAGACCUCGACGGCACCUCGGGCGGCAGGCUGGAGAAGAGCAAGGGAAAGGCCAAGGAACCCGAGCCAAAGCGGCGCGCCGAGACGGGCAUCGCCAGCAUCAUUGUCGUGCCCAGCAACGAGCUCGCCGCACAGUACAUGGCAUGGGCCCGGCGCCUGUUUCCAAAGUCGGUGCUGCCCUCGCUCGACCCCGUCAUCCAGUGCCUUGUCCGCGGAGGUGACAACGGCCUGACGCCCGAGGAGGAGCAGGCCAAGCUGCGCCGCACGCCGCCCCACAUCCUCAUCGGCACGCCGGGCCGCAUCAAGGACAUCCUCGACACGCCCGCCGGCCUCUCGCUGCUCGGCAUCGACACGCUGCGCACCCUCGUCCUCGACGAGGCCGACGCCAUCCUCCAGCUGCCCGGACGCUUCCCCGGCCAGAAGCAGCGCUGGAAGCACCAGGUGCACAAGGCGCCCGGCCUCGAGCUGCUCAACACCAUCAUGAAGCGGCGGCCCACGUACUCGGGCGGCGAGCGCCACCUCACCGCCGGCCUCGAGAACCGGCCGGGCAAGCGCAAGGACGAACGACGCCCACCGGAGCACAUCCGCAGGCAGGUCUACAAGGCCGCCGAGAACCCGGAUACCGGCCUGGCGCUGCCGCGGCCGCGGCCGGCGGGCGCGCAGCCGUUGCAGCUCGUCUGCGCCAGCGCCACGGCCAACUCGGUGAUGCGCCACUUUUUCGGCGCGCGCACCGGCUGGCUGCGCACGGGUGCCAAGGAGUCCGAGACGCGGAUCGGCGGAGGCAGCGCGCGGAGCACGGCGACGAGCGGGCGGUGGAUUGACCUGACGGGCCUGUCUGGCUCGAGCAUGGCCGACGAGGGCAUCCGGAGCCUGCUGCGCGACACUUCGGCCACCUCUGCCGACUUUGAGUCCCUGAUCGACGCCCGUCCCGCCUCGCUGCCCGCCGGCAUCGAGCACACGUGCGUCGUCGUCGACGAGGCGCCGCUCUCGCGCCGCCUCUCUCGCUUCCCGCUGCGCAACCUCGAGCCCAAGCUGGCCAAACGGCGUCCGGACAAGGAUUUCCUCGACGACGGCCGUGACGGCCCCGCUUCCCCCGCCGCUGCGGAGAUUGAGCCCGAGAUGGACGAGGACCGGUUCGGAUGGAACGCCGCCGACGGCGAGGAGCUCAAGGUGGUCAAGCCGCCCUCGGAUCCGGCCGAGCACGAGGUCGACGAGAAGCUCGUCGAGGCGCUGGCGUUUUGCUUUGCCAGCGAGGGCGUGUCGCGCGGGCUGGCGCUCAUCCCCCCGCGGUGGAGCCUGUUCAAGACGCGCGCCGCGCUCGAGUCGCUCGGCCUGUCGGUCAGGCUGGCCUCGGCGGGCCAAGAUGGCCAGCAGCACGCCGCCGAGGCGACGGGGCGGGAAGCAGCAGGAGGCGAGGAAGAGGAGCCGCACCUCUACCUGCUGCAGAGUACGAGCGCGCGCGGACUGGAUCUACCGGGGCUGUCGCACGUCUUCCUGCUCGGGUACCACGCCGUCAUUGAUGCGGUGCAGUACACCCACAUGGCGGGCAGGGUGGCUCGCAUCGGCGCCAUCCACCCCCCUUCCUCCCCUUCCUCGUCGGCGGGUCAAGACGAUGGCAGCAUGGACGCGCAGCGACAGCGCGGUAAAGUCGUCACGCUCCUCCGGGGCAUCCCGCACGACUACGUCGAGGAUCCAUCCCUGAUCGCGCCCACCCCCCGCUCCUCGCGCUCGCGGAAGGCGGAAGGCAAGGGUGUGUCGGAUCUCGAAGCGGCGCAAGGAGGGAGGACGAAGAAGAGGGAAGAGAGGUGGAUUUCAAUCUGGGAGCAGAAAAUGGGCGCCGUCUUCCGACGUCUCGGCGUCGUUCCGCGCAAGCUGGACCUGACGCUGUUGGAUGGCGAGAAGAGGAAGGUCGUCUUGGACCAGGAUGCCCCGGCCGCGAUCCAGGCCGAUAUGGCGGAGGCGGAGGAGGAGGAGCGGGAGGCGAGUGUGCAGAAGGGGGAGGAGGACGAGGACGAGGUGGUUGUCGAUGCGGAUGAGGCGGUCGAGGUGGCGGGGCAGGAGGAGGCAGUUGAGGCGGUACGACAGGGCGUCGAAACCGUCGACGACGAGGGGAUAGAGGCGAAGCGGGAGGAGCAGGUCGAGGUCGAGGUCGAGGCCGAGCAGCCACACCCGGUCGAGGAAGAGGCGGAGAACAAGGGAGAGGCGGACAGCAACAGCAACAGCGACGGCGACGGCAACGACGUCCUCGACGACGGCGGCAAGUCGGCUUCGUCGACCUGA